GAAGCGGGCCUCGCCUCAGUGCUCGGCGGCGGCGGCGGCUCUGCGGGACUCUGGUGGCGGCGCUCCUAAUGGCUGCGCACGGGCCGCGGUGAGGCGCCGGCGGAGAGCGACGGGCGCGGGCCGCGGAGCAGCCAGAGCGAGCGUGCGCGCAGCCGGACCCCGGCCAGGCCCGGCCCGACCCGCCGAGCCCGCGAUGCACCCCGGGGCCGCCCCCCGGCGCAGCUGACGCGCGCCCCGCGGACACCGGCCGGCCGGCCGGCCAGGCCACGAUGGCGGGGAAAGCGGCCGCCCCGGGCACCGCGGUGCUGCUGGUCACGGCCAACGUGGGCUCGCUCUUCGACGACCCGGAUAACCUGCAAAAGAACUGGCUCCGGGAGUUCUACCAGGUCGUCCACACGCACAAGCCGCACUUCAUGGCCCUGCACUGCCAGGAGUUCGGGGGGAAGAACUACGAAGCCUCCAUGUCACACGUGGACAAGUUCGUCAAAGAACUGCUGUCAAGCGAUGCGAUGAAGGAAUAUAACCGGGCUCGCGUCUACCUGGACGAGAACUACAGGUCCCAGGAGCACUUCACAGCUCUAGGAAGCUUUUAUUUUCUUCACGAAUCCUUAAAAAACAUCUACCAGUUUGACUUCAAAGCUAAGAAGUAUAAAAAAGUCACUGGCAAAGAGAUCUACUCGGACACGUUGGAGAGCACGCCCAUGCUGGAGAAAGAGAAGUUCCCGCAGGACUACUUCCCCGAGUGCAAAUGGUCAAGAAAAGGCUUUGUUCGGACAAGAUGGUGCGUCGCAGACUGCGCCUUUGACUUGGUGAACAUCCACCUUUUCCAUGACGCUUCCAACCUGGUUGCUUGGGAGACCAGCCCCUCUGUGUACGCGGGCAUCCGGCACAAGGCCCUGGGCUAUGUGCUCGACAGGAUCAUUGACCAGCGAUUCGAGAAAGUGUCCUACUUUGUCUUUGGUGACUUCAACUUCCGACUGGAUUCCAAGUCCGUGGUGGAGACUCUCUGCACAAAGGCCACAAUGCAGACGGUCCGGGCCGCCGACACCAACGAAGUCGUGAAGCUGAUUUUCCGGGAGUCAGACAACGACCGGAAGGUGAUGCUGCAGUUGGAAAAGAAACUCUUCGACUACUUCAACCAGGAGGUUUUCCGAGACGACAACGGCACUGCGCUCCUAGAAUUUGACAAAGAGCUGUCUGUCUUUAAGGACAGGCUGUAUGAACUGGACAUCUCGUUCCCUCCCAGCUACCCGUACAGUGAGGACUACAGCCAGGGCAGGCAGUACAUGAACACCCGGUGCCCCGCCUGGUGCGACCGCGUCCUCAUGUCCCCGUCGGCCAAGGAGCUGAUUCUGAGGUCGGAGAGCGAGGAGAAGGUUGUCACCUAUGACCACAUCGGGCCCAACGUCUGCAUGGGAGAUCACAAGCCCGUGUUCCUGGCCUUCCGCGUGGCGCCCGGGGCAGGUAAAGCUCACGCACACGUGCACAAGUGUUGUGUCGUGCAGUGACGUGUGGGAGGCGAUGCCAGCGACACGAGAGGACCCUUCGCGAGCCCUGCCUAUAGCGUGAGGAGCAGAUGGAAGUCGCGUCCAUGGAAAUCCACACUCAACAGCUGCAUCGAUUAACCCGCCCGAGCGCCACCCGCUAGCCGGCCGGCCCACACUUCGCUUCAGCCUCCGGCCCUCCCGGGGGAGCCUCACAUACCUCACUGUCUUGUCUGUUCAUGUGACAUUAAGUAGAAAUAUUGGGUUUUUUAAUAAGUCACAGUCCUGUUGCCAAAACUCUAAUAGACAGCAGAGAUUCUGUAUUUUAGACUUCACGGUUUUCAGUUUGUAAUAAUUGUCAGCGUGGGAACCCCACGGGUGUCAAAUGUCCCCUCUGCCAGCUGGAGGUGUGCCGGGCGGGAGCGGGCUCUGUGCUGACUCGGGCAGCGUGGCCACUGUGAGGACAGCGAGGGCCCUGGCUCCAGCCGACGGCCCCUCCUGUGUUGUUCCUUCCACUGCCAUGUACAUGGGGUCUGAAUCACACUGCAGCUGCUUCCCCGUUUUAUAUAUAAAUAUAUAUAAAUAUAUACUUUUUAAAAUAAUUUAUAAAUCUUACCAAAACUUAUGCUAAAUAUGCUUUCCAGUAUGAAUGCUCAAGAGUGUCAUAUCAGCAGGUAGAAUUGGAGUCUAGGAGUUUAGUUAUGUGAACGUCACACACAUACCUGCAGAACAGGUGACGUGCCUGGCAGUGCAUCGUGGGUGAUCAGCGCCAGUACACCUGGCUACACUAGCAGCCAUCGCUCCUCUGCCUUCUCCUGUGUAAUAUUAGACCUGAAUGUGAAGGUUAUAGCCGACUUGGUUGUACCUUUUAAGAAUUUUGUAAACCGUUCUGUCUGUCUUUUGUUACUGUUCUAUGGUGCCAAGUAUUAUACAUAAAACAAUAAUAUCAUGGGAGAAGUAAAAAUAGCCUAGUUCGCUUCCAAUAGAAAUUGCUUUUAACAUGGGCUGUACAUAAAAACAUUAAGAGGAACAGAACUGUAAACGUCCUGGGCUCAGCUGCAAACGCCCCACGCAGAUCCGUGCUGCCCACACUCUCCCAGCACUGAGUUAGCGCCGAGCUGACGGGAGCCUGCGGGGGAGAAGCCUUGCGUUUAUUCGUCUGCUCUAGAACACUAAGAAGUCCUGGGCUGGAGGCCGCAGGCAGACGCUGUUUAGGUCAGUCACUACCAGUGCAAGUGAUGCGGGGUCCGCUUGCCGAAUCUGUUCUUGACAAUGCGGGGGUCUGGGUCAGGGCGGUCACUGUGCUGUCCACUUCCAAGCGGUGAUUCUGUUCAGCGGGUUCAGCUGUUGAUCACUGUGGAGGCCUUUAGAAAUGACCGCUCCGGUUCCUAAGCAAUAAAAUUGAUCAUGGUGAACGCA